GCUUUACAUACCAGGUAGAAUGUAGAAUUCAUGCCAAGUACAAUACAACAAUCAAAUCCAGAUACAUGAAUAUAGGUGUACCUCACUUGACAGGCAAAACGAACAAGGCAGAUCUCCAAAAAUGGACUACGAGUAUUAUACAGCUAAUGAUGGCUGCACCCUCGCCUUUCAGACUUCGCUCCCAAUCGGAGCGAAAGCAGUGCGCGAAACUCGUUACGAGCGAUGCAUCCUCUUGAUGCAUGGCUUUAGCGGUUCGAGCACGUAUUUCACGAAUAACUUCGAGGAGCUGAGCCGAGAACACUGCGUCGUCGCCCCAGACAUGCGGGGUCACGGCCGAUCAGGACGACCGCUGGGUGGUUAUCACGUUGCGCGGCUAGCUGCCGAUCUGCGAGGUCUAGUUGCUCACCUGAGGAAGUCCGUAAACACGGUUGAGUCAGUAAAGAUUGUUCCCGUCGGAUGCUCAAUUGGCGCUGCGGUCCUGUGGACGUACGUGGAGCUCUUUGGCUGCGACGACUUCAGCGGGUUUGUGUUCGUCGAUCAGGGACCGCUGCAAGAUCGCUCGCCGUUUGGCAACUGGGACGCAUCGAAAUCGCACCUGGGCUGCUAUGACGAGCAGACCAUGCAAGCUGCGCAGCGCGAGUGGAUACACAGUUCGGCCAAUGCGCAUAAAGACCUCGUACAAUCUUGUCUAGGAUACCGACAUGCGCCGGAGCCGGAUACUGAUGACUUAUCGGACGAAAGACGGCAGCGCGACGAGGAAUUCUUCACACGCAUCAGCGCACAAUGCGACCAGACGUGGCUUGCGAAGUUGUUGGCCGACCACACGCGCUAUGAUCACCGUGAAGCUAUCGCGGAUAUCGUCUUGCCUACUCUGGUUAUGGCGGGCCGUAGAACAGGCUGUUUCCCUCUCGAGGGUAUGAAGGAGACUGUGAGACAGAUCGAGUCCAAACGCCCCGGAACAGCAAAGAUGUCGAUAUUCUACUCUGGUCAUUGGCUUUUCUACGAGGAGCCGGAGAGAUUCAACAAGGAGAUCACCGAGUUUGCAAAUGCAUGUUUUAGGUAGAUUCUGAACCGUUUGCUCAAUUACAAAAUGCUUUACUUUAACAGAUAUCCGCCUCCAGGUAAGGUACCUACAAAUCUGAAUCAAGGCUUAACAGCAAAAUCUCUCGACAUGCAGGCUGCCGCAAUGCGCCGUGUCUCUGAUAAGCAAAUAUUGAAAUAUCGGAGUGGACUGCAAGUCCAAUCAAGAAUCAUUGCCUCUUAUCCCAUCAAGCCGCUAAGAAGAUCCCCACCACUUCCGACAACGUUGAAUAAAAUCGCUUCUGCUCCACUUGAAAUAAGCUGCAUCUCAACUUUUAGUGGACUCUGUUCCCAGCUCAAACUUGUACCCUAGGUUAGGUAGACAUCGGCGUUAUCA